AUGGAUAUAUUAAUAGACAAGCGUCGAUCCCAUGACAAAACCAACGUUCAACAGUCGCUCAGCACACACAAAUUUCUUUCAAAGGAAGGAUAUUCAAGGAGCCUUUGCGACGAGUACCUAGCGCCUUUGCUUUCAACCCUAUGGGGGACAAAUAUUGGAAGGUUACUUCCACAUUUUCCUAUGACGACGCUCAUCCGCAGUUUAUGCGACCAUCAACUCUUUGGCACACCGCGAACUACGCCAGAUUUUCGGCGUAUCGACGGUGGAACAAGCCAUGUUGUUCAGACCAUGGCCAGGGGAUUCUCCCCUGAAAAUGUGCAUCUCAAUACCAGCGUCCGGGAGAUAGUCCGCGUGGGUAAAAGGCAAUAUAGCAUUUUCACGGCGGAUGGGAGAGGACUACACUUCGAUCAUAUAGUCUUCGCCGUGGACAACGACGAGAUCCUCAAGAUACUAGGUUCCAAUAUAGAUACCGAAGAGAUGGAAAUCAUCCAGGGGCUCAAAACAACCAACAAUAUCGCCGUCUUGCACUCAGACCCUUUUCUGGCACCCAACAUCCAUGGCUCUUGGCCCACCAACAACUACACCCUAGACCUCACCGAUCACCCCCAGCAUGACUUCCCGGCGUGGGCACCCCGCAAAUCCAGCCUCACAUACAACGUAAACUCCCUCCAAGAUAUCCCGACCUGUCUCUUCGAUCGGCUAUACAUCACUCUGAACCCAUUUACACCGCCACAUCCCCGCUUCGCACACAGAAUAUGGGAAUACACCGACCUCGAACUCAGCACCGUAUCUCUCCAAGCUCAAAGCCGUCUUCCUUUGAUUCAGAACAAGAGGGGAUUGAGCUACGGCUUCCGUUGGACCGGACGUGGGUUUCUCGAAGAUGCGGUUACUUCUGGUCUCGAGAUGGCUAUUGAGCAUUUAGGUGCUCAGGUACCUUUUGAGGUUCAAUACCACCCUGAUCCCAUGUGUUCUUCGAAAUCUCCAUCUAUAGAGCUAGGCUUGAAGGACCAUCUUGUUCGGACGGCACUUUGUUUGGCUCGGGUCUAUGCUCUGGUUUUCCAGAUUUCGUGGAUCUUAUUGGGGGCGCUUGGGUUCCCUGUCUCAAGAGUUGAGACUAUGUUUGAGUGGAUGUUGGGUGGGGAUAGAAUGCUUAAAUCUUAG